AGUGAAGGUGCUACUUCCCCCCCUCCCCAAAUACAUGUAGAUGAAAGGAAUGGGCAAGUUGAUAAUAUUCUCUGCUUUUAAUAAGGUGGAAACACUGAUCUACACCUGUCCUUAUUCCCUGAUUAAUGUGCUCCAUGUGCUAAAUGAGAGGCCCACCGCUGGGUCUCUGGUAGCAUCAAGAGAGAUGGUCUUUAAAGAGGAAAAAAAAAAAAGUUUCAUGUAGUUAAGAACCAAAUCAGAAAUGGUUUAGUCACCCAGGUUCCUGUGUUUCAUAUCUGGGAAGGGUUAAGGAUAUUUUUGUUUCAAUGCACCAUUUGACUUGACUUCGUUUCGUUUAGAAAAUAAAUGCCAACUCUUAAAAUGCUUUAAAACAUGGUAACUGAUCUAAGUUGUUGAAUCUCUGUUCUGUUAAACUGAACCUUGUGGUAAAGUGUGACUGUGGUGUCAUGGGCUUUCUUCCUCUGAAUUGCUCUACACAUAUUCAGUCUUCACUGAAUUGAGGUGCCCCCCUUGAUAAUGCAGUGAGCUUUUAACAUCUUGAUGUUCUUGUCCCCAUUCCUUUCAGGAGACAAAUGACUCCGUUGAGGUAUGCAGCUAGAAAAGGCUCUUCUCGUGGUGUUGGUCUUCUUGUUGCUCAUGGAUCACACAUAAAUGCCCAAGAUGAAGAUGGAUGUUCAGCAUUAAUAUGGGCAGCACACCAUGGACACAAAAAUGUCAUUUUUAAGUUGCUGGAGCUUGGAGCUGACAAAAAUCUACAGACUAAGGAUGAGAAGACAGCAGCAGAGCUAGCAAAAAUCAAUAAGCAUUCAGAGAUUUAUAGUUUACUCUCUUUGGCUGUAAAUCCCUCGCAAGGGAAAUACCAUGAAACGAUGAAGCAAGAGGCUAGCUACAAAUUUCUGACAGCUGUCCCUGACCACAGAGUUGGUUUCUAUUCAGCUUUGGAUGACAUGGAAGUAUUUUUACAUGGUCCUGGUCUAGAACACCUAAUAGGAUUAUUGAAGGAAAGAGAUGUAUAUUUAAGGCAACUUCUGAUCAUGCAAAAAGAAGAGUUAAUGCAGAUGGGCGUUACAAAUCCUGUAGAUCAACAGAAACUCCUAGAUGCUAUUAAAGAGCUACAAGUGAAAGAAGUAAGAAUUGGAGAUCUCCCUGAAGUAGUGAAGAUGGAAUUCAGUGGAAACGAAUGCCUCAAGUUCCUUCAGAAGCUGAAUAAAGAGUGUAGCAAGCUGAAUGUUCCUCUGCAGACCGUAAAUAAUCAUUUCCUCAAAAAUUCUCACAAGAUAGCACUGCAGUGGGCGCCAACCGAAAGAUACAUUGAAGUCUGCAGAGACAUGGUUUCCAGUGUUGAAAGGUUGGGAGAAGAAGUUGCCAGACUGAAGGACCUCAUGGAGAAGCAUGAACAGAAGAAUGACCCCAGUCAAGCGGUAUUCCCAGAAAAAGCACCCACCUUGGAAAAAAGAUUAGUAAAAAUGGGAGCAAUAACAGUGCUUGCGUUUGUUUUUUUCUUCUUUAUAACUAAGUUAAUGGCAAAGAAAGAGUGACUUUUUUUAGUGCUUUGAAUACUUUUUGGAAAAUUUGGUCGCAUUAUGCUUCUAUUCGGCAUAUGUAACUGAGCUGAAUUCAUAUGAAAAUUACUGGUUUCUCAUCAUAUCAGUAAUAUUUGCAUCCAGUACACACUUCAGUCUAGAAUCAAAAAUAAAAUCUCCUUAUGUAAAAGCGUAUUAAGGUUUUGUUUCUAGUAUAGACAGUUUGUACAGAAUCUCCUCGAAGUUGCUUUUUUGCCACAAGGUUGUAACUAUUACUUACUGAUUACUAGUUUUGUUUUCACUUGCUGUUCAGUUGCUGUCAUAGCUGCUUCCUGCUGUUCACAAACGUAAACAUAAGCAAAUAAUACUGUAUUGUUUAUGUUGCAUGCUCGUAUUUAAAAUGAUCACGAUGGUGGGUUUUGCCUUUUUAAUAUUAAGUAUCAUGAUUUCUAUGUUGAGAAAGAUCUUUUGCAGUACAGAUUCAUAUGAAAAACUUUCUGCUAAGGUGUACCUGUUUUGUUGUUUUGUUUUGUAACAGCCACAGGACAGCAAAGACCUUUUUACAUACUGUCUGGAAAGUAUUUUCCAGCUGAACCGUGCUAAUCAAUUUAUGCCUGAGAUCUGUUUCCUCAGGCAUAAUUACUUCUAUUAACAGCUUCAUCCCAAAAAGGAUUAUAAGGAUGCUAAAAGGAUUGUAGGAAUCCUUAGCUACAAGAAUGCAGGCACCUUAGAAGGAGUAUCAGCAUGUUUCUUCUUGAUCUGAUGAGCUUUCACUACAGCAGCUUUGUGGUGAGUGAUUCUCUCUUAAGGUUUUCUCCAUUUAAAGAGUUGUUUGUAGUUCUGCAGCAAAAUAUUAGUAUCUGUUUUUCGUCUGAUUACCAUGCUAGCUAUGUUGCAAAAAAAGGAAUUGGUGUAAGUCAUCCAAAUCACAGUUACAUCUUUGUGGACUUCAAUAAAGACAUGUAAAAGUGCUGAAGGUUUGUAAAGGGACAUUCUUCUGCUAAAUCAGCUGGAGAACCAGUAGUCGCAAUGGGGUGUCGUACUUCAGCACUCUUUUUGGAGGUGUGUGCAGUCUUAAUCUUGGAUGCUCCCUCCAGAGACUAGAAAUGAGAAGAUAAAAAAAAGACUGAUUGCUACUCUGGGCUGUUACUGUUGCUGUCAGUUGUUUUCUGCUUUUUGUUUUAGAAAAUUACCUCGAGUGUUAGUAUGUUUGCUUGUUAUUGCAGUUGUCUUACCUCCUUUCCUCCCAGCUUUCUCAUUCAAUGCAAGGACCAUCCUACAGAGUGAUGAAGCUAGAAGCAAAUAUAACUUUUUUUUUCCAUUCUGUUCCCAGCUUUGGAUCAGAGAGGGUAAGUCAUAAUCCCCACCACCACCAUCUACCAGCAGAAGUGUAGAAGUGCAUAAUCAUAUCAGCAUCCUGACUUGAAGCAGCAAAGAAAAGGAAAUACUUUAAAAAUAGUUCUGUUUCUUUGUAUUACCGUGUAAUUAGUUCAGAACUAACAAAACACAUCACAAAAGGAAAAAUCCAUGAAAAUGGAAAAUACAAAAAUCUAUGAAGUGCAGUUUUAACUGUCACACACAAUGUUGUACGAAUAGCACUCCUCUGAUUACCGCUAAAUGCAGUUCAAAAAUACUCAGAUGCAGUUGUCCAGUGAUGAGGUAGCUGGCAAAUAUUAGUAGAAGCUUGAUGCAUAACAACAUCUUUUUGUUGUGUUUUUGUUUUUUUUUUUCCAUUUGGGGGGGGGCUGUUGUUGUUCGUACCUAUUGUAAAAUACCAACGAGGGGAAAUAAAAGUAUGAUACUUGCUGAUAAAUGGCUUCUAGUUUGAGAAGUAGAAUAGAAUAUCCUUGGCAGAAAUGAGUCAAAGGUUUGAACAUUGUACUAAACUAAUUUUGUAUAGGUAAAGUCGUCAGAAAGGUGAUACCUUAAAUUCCAAAUGUCUUUAUUUUACUACUACACUUCCAUUUUACUAUUUCAUUUACUACAUUUUACUUCAUGUAUUGAAUUUCUUUACUACUUCAUUUACUAUAUUUUACUAUGUAUUUCAUUUUGCUACUACAAUUACUACUAUUCCACUACUAUUGGUACACUGGGCAAGCUUUUUUUUGUUUCUGUAGACCAUGUUAUGGAUCUAAUAAGAGAAACUGAAUAAGCAGAGGACUGCUUUUUCCUAGUAAUUUGUACAAUAAAAGCAAAAUGCAUUUCUAUUUUAAAUAA